AUGUGGAAGGAGAUCAUCUACUCUUACGUCUCGCUUGCAACCUUCUCAUGUCACAAAGCCUUAGGGCGUACUGCCGUUGGGCCAGCCCACGGUUCCCUGAGCAUCAUUGACAACCGAACUAAGCGGACAUACCGUAUCCCAGUUGUUCACAAUGCAGUCCGGGCCCUCGACUUUCGCCAGAUCACUGCUGCCCAGCAGGGUGCAGACGUUGUUGACCAGUUCGACAACGGUCUUCGAAUUGUCGACAAGGGAUACCUGAACACUGCAUGCAUGGAGUCCUCCAUUACCCUCAUCGAUGGCAAGCGUGGCUACAUCCAGUACCGCAACUACUCGAUUGAGGAGCUGUUCAUGCACAAUGACUACGAAGAGGUCAUUCACCUUCUGAUCUGGGGAAAGCUGCCCACUCCAGUGCAGAAGCAGACCCUCCGCCGGAAGUUGGCUUCGGAGAUGAAGCCCCAUCCAUGUGUCGUCGAUGUCAUCCGUUCAUUUCCACCCGACUCAUUGACCUUCCCCAUGAUUCUGGCCGGAUUGUCCGCCUACGCCUCGGUGGAUGAGGGCACCCGCGCUACACACUCCAAGGGCGAACCCCAAUACCUCGGAAAGGGAAAGGCUGUCGAUGAGGCUGUGAUUCGCACGCUGUCGAUCCUCGCAACCACCAUCGCUCUAGUCUACUGCCACAAGCGCGGUCGCCCCUUCAACCCAUCCCGUCCAAACGAGUCCUUCAUCGGUAACGUCCUGCUGAUGAUGGGUAUCCUGGAGCCCGGGAGCAAGAGCCCCCAACCCAACCGCAAGAUCGAGAAAUGCUUCCAGCGUCUCUGGAUCCUUUACGCAGACCACGAAAUGACCAACUCGACCGCCGCGUUCCUGCACGCCGCGUCCACGCUGACAGACCCACUGUCAUGCUGUGUCACCGGGAUUGUGUCCGCAUACGGCCCCCUGCACGGCGGCGCCAUCGACCUCGCAUACAAGGGGUUCGAAACGGUGGGCACGCCGGAGAACGUGUCGACGCUGAUAGCCAACGUCAAGGCCAAGAAGCAACGUCUGUUCGGGUACGGACAUCGAAUCUACAAGGUGGUUGACCCACGGACGAAAUUCAUCCGGCAGCUCAUGGAUGAGCACCGGGAUGAAGUCCAGGCGAACCCGCUAUUGAAGGUGGCGAUGGAGAUUGACCGGGUAGCUGGAGAGGAUCCUUACUUUACUUCGCGGAACCUGAAGGCGAAUGCGGAUCUUUACGGAUGUUUUCUAUACACGGCUUUGGGCUUUGAAACAGACAUAAUCAUCGCGAUGGCAAGUCUGUCACGAACACCAGGUGUUUUGGCUCAUUGGAGGGAAGCAAUGGGCCAAGCCCCAAGUCUCUGGCGUCCUCAACAGAUCUUCACGGGCGCAGUUGCAGCGCCAAGUCAGACUAAGAGUUAG